UCACCAUCUGCAUGGAUCCAGUUUUAAUAUUCUUUGAUAUUAUUUUCAUAUCGUGGAAGGAAGUAAUGGGCUUGAACCUUUUCCCCUUCCAAUCCUCCUUUCUCUACCCACAACUUCCCUCAUCCACCAAUAUGAACUAACAGCAGAGUUUUCCUUCAGUUUUGUCUAGCAUGAAAUGAGCUGAAAUUUCUCACAAGAGAAUUUUCUGAGGGGGGGAAAACUUGUCUCACCUCCUCCCAUCAAGAAACCUGUUGACAUCCACAGCAAAUAGCUUUGAGAAUUUUGGAGUGCCCAUUUUGCGCAACAAAAAAUUCAAUCUGUUGGACUAAAACUAGAAAUAAAACUAAGUUGUGUAAGUCAAUGCCUGACUGGGUAGUAUAACAUAAUCAUUCCCCCUUGAGUUCUGACUGUAAUCUGAUUUAACAAUGGAUAGACUUUCAGAGAUAUCGAGGUCCCCUAUGGCAUGCGUGCACACACACAUAUAUAGGCUAUUGUACUAGGGAAUCCCACAAUACUUACUGAAAAUAAUAUUGAUCCAGGCUUAAAACUGAGCAAGGUUUAAACUCCAAAUACAGCCUUGCUGGUGCCUGUUUCUGCUCACGCAGUGCAAUCUUAGUCAUGUUUACUUGAACGUAAGCGGCACUGUGUUUAACACAGCAUUUUCCCAGAUCAGUAUGUAUAGUAAGCCUGCAGCCUUAAGAGAAGUUUUGAUGUGAACAGUUGAAACACCCUGCAUUUAUACAGCUUGCCCUGAGCAAGUGAUGACAGAAAAAUUGAAACUGGCAAAACAAAUAAUAUAAUAACAAUAAAUCUUUGCUGAAAUUGGAAGAUGUAAAUAAAAUAAAAUAAGAACAAGGAUGAGGUUGCUGGGCAUCCCCCCUCUCCCACCUUAAUAGAAGAAUCUAAAUUGUAAAUUCAAAUAUGCUUAAUUAUCUCAUGCUGCGUUCUGACAAAGUGUUUGCAAAUUGCAAAUAUCAUUUCCCCAGAAGCUGGUAAAUGUUUGUUUUGAUGGUUCUCUGAGGAGCUCUUAGGAUUUCUUUAGAGGCUGCAUUGGGUACUUUCCCCCCACCCCCCUCUCUCUCUGCUGAAUAUUCACAAACGAAUUUGGGGCUUCCGCACAUCCCCUUUACCAAAAUCUCCUGAAACGAAAGGUCAAAGGGUGUGUGAUCUCUGGCUGCCUGUCUCAUCGGGAACCCUGUAACACAUUUGAUUUUCUUUUUUCUUUUAAUGCAAAUGGGAAAGCAAUCACAUGUCAAUUUAAGAGCUUUCUUCUGUGUGGUGUGUUUUUGCAAGAGCGGCUAAUUGGAGGUUUUGGAAUGCGUUUAUCAAGAGGUGAAAGACGCAAGGCAUCCUUGUCUAUUACAGGGGCCAUCUGAAUCCAGACCGCUUGCUAGCUAAACAGAUUGUUACAGCACAGUGCUGUACACGUCCACCCGGAAGUAUGUCCCAAUGAAUCUCAAUAGGGCUUACUCCCUGGGUAAGUGAGUAUAGGACUACAACUUUAAAGGAACUGAGAACUAAUCCCAUGGAACUCAGUGGAGCUUACUUCUGCAUAGACAUGCAUAGGCUUGCUCCCUUAAGACACGCAGAAAGAGACUUAGUUCCAAAAUUACCCUGAGAUGCAUGUUUUGAUUAGAGUUCAGGGUUUACUUGGUUCCCCUUCUUCCUCUGCCUCCUAAAAAUAAUGAUGGUGUUGGGAACAAAUUAAAAUAAAUUCAAAGCAAGAAUGCUAUCACUGAAGUGUAGAGAAGCCACAGAAACAUCCCUUUGCUCCUUCUUGAACUGGGAAAGGGCUGAACAGGCCAGCCUGUCCCUUUGGACUCCAGGUAUGGCUUAUCUGAUGGUGAUCUGAGAUAAGGGCCCGGCUUUUCUUCUGUGUUUGUUCUUUGUUCCUUUCAGAGUCCCUGGCUAUUGAUUAAGGCUCAGGCGGGCAGGUUAACUAACAAGUUAGAAGUGCGGGGAUCCCCCUCCCCUCCCGUUUUUCUUUCCUCUCGACUCACAUUCCUCUCUGGACCUUGAGCAACCUGGUGCAGUAUGAACCAAAGGCCUCACCUUUCCCAUUUGGAGGAGAAAUGAUACCUGGCUGUUCGAAAAGCGCUGCUCAAAACUUGGCCUUUCUGUACUACAGAAAAGGAAAGGAGGAAUAAAGACCAGCGGGGAGGGUGGCAUGAGGGCAGAUAAAAGAACGGGAUCCCAGAUAGAGAAAGUAGUAGCUUUUUGUUUUCUUAAAGUUCUUUGUUUCCUCCCCCCUCUUUCCCCCACACCUUUCCUGCCACCCCUCUCCUUUUGGGCCCUGGUCAUCAUGGUGAUGAUUAACUAAAUGAGGUCUGUAACCCAGGUAACGAAUAGGUUGGUUUUAUGUUUCAUGGGUACCCAACAGCUGGAAAUAGUGUGCUUGCUGAGGGCUUAAAAACGGAGAGCUUUUUUCGUUUUAUGAUUUAUUUAUUUUUUAAAAAAUGAUGGCCUUAUUUGCUUUGAUCUUGUGCCAUGGUAAGGUUACAGCCCUCACCUUCUUGCUGUCCUCUUUUCUCCCUUCCCUCUCCUUCCGUGUCCUGAGUGGAUAGACCAACCUUAAGCCUUCACACCUUACUGCAGGUGCCUGCGUGCGGAGGGGAGGAACUUCCCCCUCAAGGCCUAUCCUUGCUUUGCCCACCUCUUAGUAUUUUAUGACAAUGACCAGAGAGAGAGAACACCUCUUGAACUGAAACUGCUUCCACUAUCAUCCUAUCCCCUGCCUCACUUAGCACACGGUAUCUAUAUGCCUCUUAUUGCUUAUGGCCAUGUUGGCAGUUAAGGAAAUGGCCGAGCAUAUGCUCAGUGCGUGUCGUUCAUCUUGCUGAUGGGAGCCUCCGAUGGGCUCUAUGCCGAGAGCCAUAACGUGGAAAGGAGGAACUCAGGAGGGUUGCUCGGAAGAAAGUGACUGUACCCAGAAAUCUGGAUCUGGAUGGCCAGUGGCAACUCCGAAUGAAGUUUCUCGAGCGGGCGAAGAGUUACAUUGGCGUGCCUUACGCACAAAAAUACCAUCAAGCUGGAACUCCAGAAUACAACUCUCCGCUCUUCCUGGACUGCUGCGGGUUCAUCCGGAAAGUAAUGUGGGACCUGACAGAAGAGUUUGGCUUCUGCAUGGGCUUAGGAAACCAAGCUUAUCAGUAUGACACUCUUCCUAUUACAUUACCCAGCGAGGAAUAUCUGAAACCAGGAGAUCUCAUCUUCAUUUCAGGAACUUACUUUGACACACAACGAAAAAGGCAGCCCCACGACAUUGUCCACGUGGAAAUCUGGUUGGGGUAUGGAGAGCGCAGCCUAGGGGCCAGGUGGAAACGGGGCAAAUCACAAGUCUUUGAUUCCUACAAGUUUGUCUCCAGCACCUAUGGGAACAUGGAGUACCACUUCAAAUCCAUCGAGACGUGGCUCCAAGGCAUCUGUGUCAGCCACUGUCCGGAGCACAGAUGGGCGUCGUCCAUGGAGCUCCCCAGCAAGCGAUCAAUCUUCUGUCUUCCAAGUGAACAAGGCGAGGAUAUGGGCGCUGAGGAAAACAGGCCGCAGCCUCCACUGAGGUCGGAAGAGAUGGCCCUCAGGCUGGAGCCCAUCGCGGAGACCGUCAGCAACUUUGAACUGAGCAGCAAUGAGCAAGUGGAGGCCUUGGGCCUCCAGGGUCCCUCCGGAAUGAAUUUGGUGGACCUUGAGACAAACCCAGUUAAAGGAGGCCCGGUUACAGGGACUGGCCGAGCCCAGAGACAGUCUCCAGAAAGGACCCCGCUGGAGGCUGCAAGCCCAAGGGCGGGAGGCAGCGAGGUUUCGCUGGAGGGGAGCUCGUCCCAGGAGGAAGGAGGGUGUGAGGAGGGUCCUGCUCAUGGCCAGGAAGCCGGCGCAGAGGCGAGGCCUCCCGGGCCCACUCAGCACACCGUCAGAAACCCACUCCCCAUGUCCCACUCCAGCUCGAAGGUAAACCCCAAGGGGGUCUUAGCGGGUGGCGCUGGCAAGCGGAGGAAGAAGCACAGAGGACGAGGAGAUUCCAAGUGUGUCGCAAGUACAAGGGAGAAAUUCAUGAGCAUGUUUGAAAGCCAAACUGAGAAAGACUUGCAGCCAGAGAAGCAAAGCAGCAAUUCCAACUUAGCCGAAGGGGAGCCGGCAAACGAAACCAAACCCAAAGGGCAGAAAAGCGUUCCCAAAGCAUCGCCCCGAAUGAAUCACCCAGAGGAGAAGAAGCCAGAGGAGCCCCCCAACCUGGGGCCUUUUUAUUAUAUUGGAGGAGCAAAUGGAAUCGAUAUACUGAACACCUUCUGCAAGAACAAAGGCUGGCAGCGUAUCUAUGACAACCGGAGGGAUGAUUACAUCCUGAAAUGGUGUGAGACUAAAUGCCGGGACACCUAUUUCAACUUCAGAGAAGGAGAACAGCUCCUUUACCAGAUCUCUAACAAUAAGAUCCUCACUACGAAGAUCGGCCUUUUGAUGAACUUGAGGGAGUAUGAACGGGUGAUGAAGAAGAUCAGCAGGACCACAAAGGUUUUGAGAAUGGAGGACUUUUUCCCUGAGACUUUCCGCCUGGAUACCAAGGACGAGAGAGAGAGAUUCUUUGAAAUAUAUGAAGAGCCUCAGAUCUGGAUCUGCAAGCCCACCAGCUCAAACCAAGGCCGAGGGAUCUUCCUCCUCAAAAACCAAUCCGAGGUCAACAGCUUGCAAGCUAAGCUCCUCAGCAUCGAGGAAGAUCCUAUGUACAAGAAACUGCCUUACAAAAUUCCACCGGCGAGGAUCGUUCAAAGGUAUAUUGAUAAGCCACUGCUCUUAGAGGGGAAGAAGUUUGAUGUUCGCUCAUACCUCCUCAUCGCCUGCACAUGCCCCUUCAUGCUCUUCUUUGGCCACGGCUACGUCCGCCUCACAUGCCUCAACUACGACCCCAAGUCGGAAGACCUCACUUCUCAUCUGACCAAUCAGUACGUUCAGAAGAAGAGUCCGAUGUACAGCUACGUCAAGGAGGAGACGGUGUGGUGCAUGGAGCGCUUAAACAACUACGUCAACGAGAGGUUCAGGCACAUCAAAGGGCUCCCUAAGGACUGGGUCUUCAAUGGGUUCACUAAGAGAAUGAAAGAGAUCAUGUUGCAGUGUUUCCUGGCGGUCAAGUCCAAGCUGGAGUGCAAGAUGGGCUACUUUGAUCUUAUUGGCUGCGACUUCUUAAUCGACGAAGACUUCAAGGUCUGGCUCCUGGAGAUGAACGCCAACCCUGCCUUGCACACCAACUGCAGCGCCUUGAAAAGCAUCAUUCCCACGGUGGUGAAUGAGACUCUGGAUCUGGCCAUCGAGAUUUUCACCAAGAGCCAGAAGAUCCAGAACAUCUUGCCCUUGGAGUCGCUCUGCCACUUUGCCCUGCUGUACAGCGGGGUGGGCACAGACAGCAACCAGGCGCAGCCCACCAAGAGCAGGACGUCCCUCCGCUCUCUCAGGAGCCACCGCUCCCUCACUGAGAACAGCAGCUUCUGCAACAGCACCUACAACAUGAGCCCUGGGCGCCCGGCGGAGAAGCAGCCGGUCAAAUCUCCGGAGAAGCCAGCCAAGGGCGAGGCGCCAGCCAAGGGCGAGGCGCCAGCCCACUCGGAAGGGGUCACCAUCGUGCCCAGCAGGGGGGUCCCCAGGAACACUUUGCCCAUGCCCCAGAUCCAGAUCUCCAUCGUGCCCAACCUUGCCUGCUGCCCAUCCGUCAAAACCAUCCUCCGGGGCAACCAAGUCUGCAGCAGCGGCAGCCAGUAUAUCAUCAAGCAUGUCCCCCCGGUCUCGGACAGGCACCCGGAGGCCGAGGGCGACGACGAGAGGGCCAGAGCCGCUGGCCUUGCUGUUGCCGGGGCGCCCUCCAAGGACCGGUCCUACGCGGCUUGGUUCCAGCAAACGUUUGGGUCCAAGUUCCUGGCAGCCAGCGGCAAUGGGGCAGGCAGCCCCUUGACCAGCUCGCAGAUGGUCUCCCUCCAUCUCCAGUCCAGCCUCCUGCCCAAUCUCCCGGCCUCCCAGGAACAAGCCAAGCCGCUGCGCCAGCUCAUGAAUUACUCCAAGAUGCCCGGGGAAAGUGGCAAGGCCUUGGCAGCGGGCCAAAGCUGCGGCGAAUCCCUCCCUGGAGAGAAGAAGCUCUCUCACCGGGGCUCCUAAAAGCAAGAUCGCUUGUGUAUUUCCAAAGCCCGCCUUCUUUUUCCUAUAAAGGACCACGAGGGAAAAAAAACCCAAAGCAACCCCGGUCCUUGACUUCUUUCAGCAGUUCUAAAAAUGGAGUCUGUGGCAUCCCUUAUAGGAUGUCAAAAAUGAUUGGUGUUGGGUUUUUUGUUUUUCUUACACAAAUCCUUCUCGAUAUGUUUUAAGGGAGAAGAAAAGGCUAAUAACGAGUAAACCCGACACAAAUUCGGAGCGGAGUUCCUAAGACGGUUACAGCCAAGCUGGUGCCAAAUAUGUUGCUUUGCUUUCCUUGGACCGCAUCAGCAAGGUGGGAGGGAGGAUCUUGUUGUCUGGGCAGCCCAGGACCAAACUGCCCAGGCUUGCACCCUAGGGGGGUCACUUCGGUGCUGC